CUAACGACGAGAAAGUGAGAGGGGAACUGCUCUGGCUUUGCUUUACAUUUUAUUUCAGUUAUAUAUUAUAUCACUCCAUAGCUGACCUGACUGUGUGGACCACCGACUGAUACUCAGUCUAAGCAGCCCGCAGUUUUAAAAGCGCAGGAAUCAGACUUCACUGUCAAUAGACUCAGAAAUAUGAUGGAGGAUUUCUCUGGUUUAGCUCUUCCUCCUCUGUUUGGAGGACACAUCCUGGAGGCAGAGUUGGAGCCUGGUGGUGUGGAGCUGGGACCUGGAGAGGUGGAGCUUGGCCCAGGAGGCAGCGAGCUGCUUGAGAGCACAGUGCAAGAGGAUGAAGAGAGAAGAGCUCUUGAUAAGAGGAAAUAUCUGGCUUUGAGCAGGAGAUGUAAAGAAAUUGAACAGGUGACUCAGAAGUUGCUUGGCCGCCUUCACCAAGUACAAAGAAUUACACGACGCUUGAAGAAAGAAAGACGGUUCCUCAUGAAGACUUUAGAUGCUCAUGGGGAUGAUUACAGAAAUGCCCAGCUCACUAUACUGCUUGAGGAUGAACCUGGUGCCCAUUUAGAUACUGCUGCUGGAGUGGAGGAGGAUCAUCUCAACGGUUUGUCUGGCUCCACGUCAUCUGCAGCGUUGCAUCAUGCUGCUGGACCAAAGAAGAGGAGGCAUCGAAUUCCAAGGCAAGAGAAGGAUAAAGACCCACAGACUGAACCAGACAUGUCGGUGUUGGCAGACACACAGUUUGGAGAAAUGCCCAGCCCGACCUCUCUGUCUCACUGAUCAUUGCACUGGCCUGGAUGUGAUGAUGACAAAGGAGCACACAGUUUCUUUGACUGUUCAGCAGACACUGUUGGCUGCCUCUGUUCAGCUGGGUUUUGCACUGUUUGUAGUUUUACUUGAAUAUUGUGAACAGAAUUGAGUUUAUGUAAGGUAAAUGAAAUGUUAUGCACGCUACAUCCAUACAUAUAUUUUGUACAUAUUAUUCUCUGUUUUCACGCUUUGUACUGAGAUUUGAUGACUUCACAUAAUUAUGACCAAUGGCAAGUUGUGCACACUGUCAUGGGCACCCUUGUUUGGUAAAGAUCUGGCAGCCCAGACACAAUUAAAGUAGGGCAGAAAAUCAAAUGCAUUUCAUAAUACAUUCCUGGAUAUUAUCAAUGAUUUCAUGGUUCUUGAUUUUAUCAGUGUGAAAAGUAUUACAAACUCCUAUUUGGUCCUCAGGCUGUGCUAUGAAAUGUUUAUUUUUAUUCUAAAGUUUUGAAGUUAAUGUUUUUUUUAGGUUUUUGAAGUGUCUAGAAAGGGUUGGUGUGUGUAAUUUUAUUAUGUUUGCUGACCAGAACAAGACAAAGAUUUCACUACAUUUAUUCAUGCAUCUGCAUCACCAGUUUAGACUGUCACAGCAGCUGAUGGCAAAAUUCAGUGGGUUAUGUGUUUUUAUCAUGUUUCUAUAAGUCAGCUACACAUCAAAAAUAUUUCAGUUUCAGGCAGAAAUAAAAAUCAGUAUCUGCAAAUAUAGUUUCUUUAAUAUGACAAAAAAUAAAAAUCUUAACCCAAAGUUCACUCUUCUUUCUGAAGCUUUUAGCCUCAUCCCACAGUGUUCUUCAGAGCAUGGAGUUUGCUCAGUAGUGAUGGAGAUCCGUUUCUUCUUUUUGUCACAGUGAGUGAAUCAUUUUCUGUAUAAAGUAAAACUUUAUGGCGACAUCCACACAGCGAAGU